CUUCAAUCUCCCUGGGCGCCUCUCGUGUGAAUCCCGCUUUUCGCUGGUCAAGAACAACGAGCUCAAGACAGGAGCUUCUGCUCUCGACGCGGCUGAUUUGGUUCUCGUCACGCAGUAUACCUAGAAUUCAGGAUUCCACAUCUCAUCUUGGAGACGAGCUCAAUUGCGAGCGCCAGUCCGUGGCGAUUCAUUCAAAUCCCCCCGCUGAAGAGAAUGCAGAGACGCCAGUCUUGUUUCGGACGAAGAAAACAAUAGGAACGACAACGAGCUGCACAGCGAAAUCAUGCCGGCAAUCGACCAGGUACUGGCUUUCGGUUCCACGAUGAAGACGGCGAUGGAACCUUUUUCGACAGCGGCGUACCGUCAAGUCUCGACAAUUUGAUCGUCGGAGAAAUUCUGUGGGAUCUUCUUCUGGGGUACACGUGGAGGUCACGGAACAAGGCUGAGUCGCACGGGCUUUGCCGUCACUUGCAUUGUUUUGCGUGACCGACCGUGAAACCUGCUUUUGCCUGUGCUGCAGUUCCAUUCUGCUCAUUCGAUUCCCGAGAAAAAAAGCAUCUCGCCGGGUGUACGAUAUCAAACGGUCAAAAUGCAGCGUAUGCAACGAAAGAUUGGCGCGUUUCUGCCACGAACUGCCGAUGAUUCGCAGGUCGCCAUACUCAUUGCAGACUUCGAGGCAGCUGACAAGAUGCUCGAGACGCUCAUUGACGCCUCCAAGCACUGGCGUGACUCUUGGAACGACAUCCUCAACCGCCAAUGCUCUAUGCUCGGGGACUAUGAGAACAUCUACUCUCCUAUCGUCGGCGCCGACAACGACAAAUACUCUCAAACGCCUCAAGAGAAGCUGGAACGAAUCAACGCCCUGAAAGCGGGCUACACAGAGCUGAAGACAGAAAUGGUGGAGGAGAUAGCCAUGAUUGAAAAACAGAUUGUUGCUCCAGCUAAGGACGCCAGAGCCUGCGUCAAAACGUAUAUGAAGGUAAUCAAGAAGAGGGAAGACAAGAAGCUGGACUACGAAAGGUACAAGAGCAGGGUCGAAAAGUUGGAGAAGAACACCAAGAGGACGGACAGAGAGAAUUCCGCCCUGAGUAAGCAUCAGAUGGAUCUAGCAUCAGCAACAGCAGCGUAUGAGGCGGCAGACGACCAUCUCAAACAAACUCUGCCUGGGAUCACCCACGCUACAUACUCUCUCCUCCCACAUCUCCUCAACUCCCAAAUUAUGAUACAGAAUGCCCUCCUAGCACAGCUCUACACUGUCCUCCAUGGCUACUGUGCCGACAAUGGGUUCUCUCCCAAUCCUCCAGAGGCUGACGAGAUCAUUCGCACUUUUGAGGCGGACUUCAACUCUUUUCGCAUCGAAGUUGAAAGUGGCAUCAUGACGAUAGCACGUGGAAAAGCCGUGACGCAGCCGAUGGGGGCCGUCGAUAAGGGCAAGAGCUACACUGGCCUCAACAUCAGGAAUGGAAUUCAGAAUCGUAGAACAGCAAGUCAGACAAAGACAGCUACACUUGGCCGGCCAUCGCAACACACUAUCGAGGCCGGGCCGCCUGACGCAAAUCCUCCCUCUCCCGAGGCGCCACCACCACAAGUCAAUAUCGCGUCUCGACCGAAGAUAACAUCCAACACCUCCUUUGCCAGGUCUCCAGGAAGUCUUCUUUCACCUGAUUCUGCCAUUUCAAACGGCCACGGCUCUCCUUCGCCCUCAGCCCAGCAGCAGACUGACUAUUUCUCUCCCGCGUCACAUAACACAUCUUACGUCGAACCUCGGCGACCUUCAGCAGUUUCGACGACCUCAUCGGCCUCAAUCGCUAGCAUUGCAGGGAAGAAGAAGCCUCCACCUCCUCCACCACCCAAACGGGUGGCGAGCCAGCAAUUCGAGUAUGUGACGGCUCUGUAUGAUUACACAGCGCAAAAUGAGGGCGACCUGAACUUCAGAGAAGGUGACAGGAUCAAGGUCGUAAAGAAGACGGCAAGUUCGAAUGACUGGUGGGAGGGGGAGUUGAGAGGUGUUAGAGGCGCGUUUCCGGCAAAUUAUUGCCAGUGAGGGACACGAGAUUGUUGCUGCGGAUGUGAUUCUACGACAAAAUAGGCACCAAGUAUGGCUCUCGAGCACUAUACGAUAGUAAAAUACUGCACUGCAUGAUCCUGAAAGAAGCGCUCUCCAAAAUCCUGGGGCUCGGGUAGAGCAGCUGAAAAUGUUUCAAGCCGCUGUGCUUGUCCGACCAGCAUAUAUUCACCACUGCCACAGUUUCGGAAAAUGGAGUAAAGCAACGAUCCUUUGAGAGCCACGACGAUAUGACUUUCCUUUGUCGUGAUAUCUCUGCUGGGAGGCCAGAACAGAAACACGUCUCCGUGCUCGGUCAGCAAUACACCGAAAUUGAUCAGUGCAACACCCAUCGAUCGAGCAACUGCAUUCCGCUUGAGAUCGGCAUGCUCGUCAUGAAAGAGUGGCCUAAAGUCGUCUGGCGUACGCGCGUCAGACUCUGUUCCUGCCAGUCUCUCAUGCUGUACGACGAACUGUGACCAACGCGUCCCCCUCGAAACGUUCAAGAUCCUGUCAGAUUGGUUCAGGAUGUUGACCAUUUCGGAGAAUCGCGGUUCUAUCACAUUUGCAUCCGACAAUGCAAUUGAGGGGCUAGUGGCGUUGACAAUCUUACCCACCACAACCCCUUCGACAACCAUUUUAUCACUCGUCGGGAAGAGCACGCUUAUUUGCCGGUGCUUCGGCAUGAGGUUCGUCAACAUCCCGAGUACAGGUUGGAAUGAGGAUACCCAGGAUGGUACACCAGGAAUUGAUAUAUCUCUAUUCGAAUUCUCAAGCAGGGCCAGGCUACCCGUCCGUUGGUAUAUGUAAAUUGAAUAGUCUCGGUAAACUUCGUUGUGAGGUCUGGCGUAGUUUGGUAGCAAAUGUGCGGGCAUGUCGGUCAAAUCGAGCAGGC